AAAAACAGAGAGAGAGAGAGAGAGAGAGAGAGGGAGAGGGAGAGAGAGAACAAGAGAAAACAAGAGAGAGGAAGUCAGCAAUCAGCACUUCUUAGACAGAUCACCAGUGUCUACCAAUGACAUCUUAUUACAAGAACGCUGUAAAGAAAGAGGGACAAAAGCAGAUUUGUUAUAUUAUUGUACCCUUAUCCUUUCUUUAAAAAAAUGAAGAAUAGAAUACAGGGCUGUUUGUCAGACUUUUUCUUUGAAUACGAGACUCCUCGUCAGGUUCUGGUCAGGAACAGAAGAGUUGGAAUUGUGUGUAGAUUCAUCCAGAUGGGCGUUCUAGCCUACAUCAUAGGGUGGGUGUUCAUGUAUGAGAAAGGCUACCAGACAGUGGAUACUGCCUUUGGCUCAAUAUUGACCAAAAUGAAGGGACUUGCUUUCACAAAUAUCAGUGGAGAGGAGAGGGUAUGGGAUGUAGCGGAUUAUGUCUUUCCAGAACAGGGUGCCUCGUCUUUUGUUGUGAUGACAAAUUACAUUGCCACUGUGGGACAGACACAGGGCAAGUGUCCUGAGGUGCCAAACGGGAAGAAUAAGUGCAUGUUAGACGCAGACUGUGAUGAAGGCAAAUACAAACGUACGGGAAAUGGGUUCAUGACGGGCAAGUGUAUGAAUAAAACAACCAGUACUUGUGAGGUCUACUCUUGGUGUCCUGUUGAAGAUGAUCGUAUAAUACCCGAUCCUCCAAUAUUGAAAGUAGCAGAAAAUUUCACUCUGUUCAUCAAAAACUCAAUCUCUUUCCGCUAUUUUAAUGUUGUCAGGAGUAACCUGGUAGAAGGUGUGGAUCAAGCGUACCUAAGUAGCUGUCAGUAUGACCCAAUAGAUAAUCCACUGUGUCCUAUCUUCAGACUGGGAGACAUUGUGGAGCGUUCUGGGUUGAAUUUCUCGGAAAUCGCACGUGUGGGUGGGGCUAUAGGAAUUCUCAUUGAAUGGAAUUGCAAUCUGGACUUCAAAAUCAAAUACUGCAAACCACAAUAUGAAUUUUAUGGCCUUUAUGGAACUGGGAGAAAUGAUAAAGAGGAGAAACCAUCACUGGGAUACAAUUUCAGAUAUGCUAAACAUUAUUUGGAAAACGGCAAGGAGAAGAGAACAUUAAUGAAGGUGUUUGGUUUAAAGAUAGACAUCGUUGUUUAUGGACUGGCGGGAAAAUUUGAUAUCAUCCCAACGUUGACAGCUAUAGGCUCAGGAGUAGGAAUUUUUGGAGUGGCAACCGUUGUGUGUGAUUUGCUCCUCCUACAUUUACUUCCAAAAAGAGAUUUCUACAAAAACAUGAAAUACAAGAAUACAAAAAUCCAAGAAGAGAAGCCCACAUUAUCACCGCCGGUGAUAGAAAAAGAGAAACCAAGGGAGUGAAGAGAGAGAGAGAGAGAGAGAGAGCGGCUGCCAUGACUACUGACUAAUUCUGCACUGAAAACACAACAUCAAUACUGGAACGCAUGCAAAAGAACUGGGAGAUAUUGUAUAACGCACUCCAGAACAAGUCUGAGAUUAAUUCAACUGCACUGUAAAAAAUGCAGCAUUAAGUUAAAGGAGCAGUAUGUAAGAAAUGUAUAUAAAUUAAUCAUAAAAUGGCCCUGAUAUGUCACAAGACAUUAAGAAAUCAUUUUCAUUUCAAAUACAUAUAUCACUGACAACAGUGGUCCGGCCAGGAUAUUGUCAUUUAAAAAGUGUGGCAGCCCUUAACUGAUGUUUAUGUUGUCAUUUUGUGUAUUGGCCACCAGUUGUGUGAUUGCAGUACCAGUUUUAGCCACAAGUUUUGUGAUUGCAAUAUCAGUUUUGGCCACAAUCCUACAUACUGUUCCUUUAAAACAACUUGAUUUUGCAAGUCAAUUCAACAUAAUAUUUUAAGUUUUUAAAAACAAGUUGAACUUGUUUAACUUAAUUUGUAAAGGUAAAGUAACAUAAAAUAUAUGUUGAUUUGACAUCAUUGUUUACAGUGUGCAAAAGGGAAAAAUAUAUUUUAAAUAUAAAAUUAUUAUUAAAGAGGUGUGUACACUGUAAAAAAUAAAAUGAAAAUGCAGCAUUUAGUUAAAAUAACUUGGUUUUGUAAGUCAAUAUAACUUGACCUGUGAUAAGUUGAUAUAACUUAUAAAAACAAGUUUAAGUUGUUUAAAUA